CUGAGCGGAGGGCGCGCCGAACCAGCCCGGCCCGCGGCGGCGCGCGCGCACGAGAAGCCGACCGCGCUGGCUGCCCGCAUGGCGACGGAGCGGCCGCCGCCGGCCGAGGCGGACGCCGCGGCUGAGGAGACCGACAGCGACGCCGUCGGCAGGCACACCUCCUCCAACACGUCCACGCUAUCGUCCUCCAACCUGCGACCGGACGAGCUGUCCGACUUCCUCCACCGCGUGGAGACGAGCAUACUGAGCGGCCAGCACCGCUCCGGCUCCGGCUCCGGCUCCGGCUCCGGCUCCGGCUCCGGCUCCGGCUCCGGCCACGGCCCCGGCUCCGUGUCAGGUUCGGCCGGCUCUGGCCCGGCCUCCCCGACACCGGACGGCACGCGUUCGGUGUCUCCUGCGCCGGAGCGGUCGCGCUCGGUGGCCACCCAGACGAGCCCGGCCUCCUCCAGCGCGUCCUCCUGGUCGGACCUGAGCGAGCGAGCGCCGCCCGAGCACGCGGCAAACCCUGCCGACCGGCCUGAACGUGUCGCUGGCCCGCCUGGUACGCGCGAGGCCACCACCUCCAUGUCGCGGCGUUCGCACCUUUACCUGGAGAUGGCAGCACGCAUGUCGUGUUCGGAGCCGACGCUGGAUAAGCCGGCCGCCGGGCCGCAGCGAGUGCUGCAGAGCGACUUCAACAAGCGACCGGACGAGCUGUCCGACUUCCUCCACCGCGUGGAGACGAGCAUACUGAGCGUCCUCAUGCGGGAGGCCGACGGCCAGGCGCUGACGUCCGCAGUCCUCACGCGGGAGGCCGACGGCCGGGCGCUGACGUCCGCAGUCCUCACGCGGGAGGCCGACGGCCGGGCGCUGACGUCCGUAGUCCUCAAGCGGAAGGCCAACGGCCGGGCGCUGACGUCCGCAGUCCUCACGCGGGAGGCCGACGAGCUGCGCGGCCCGCUGAAAAUGGUCCGCAUCUUCAGGUGA